AUGCCUCUGCUCACACCGACCGUACCAACCUCGCGUGUGCUGCUCUCGCACUGCCUUGAUGGGCAGAAGCCCAUUCCUCCUUUCGAGGUGGGCAAGGAGUAUCUGCAGGAGAACUCGGCAGAGUGGAAGGAUAGAUCCGAAAAGUUGCGGCGGCUGCCUGGAGAGAUCUGGACACUGCCGUCGGAUCAGGCCGAAGAGGAGAUUUGCCCGCUCAUGGUGCCGGAGGUCGAAGAUCUGCUGCAGCGCCCGAUGGAUUGGUUUGGCCAGAUCAGCCGCAGUGUCAGCAACUUCGGCGCCAAGCGAUCAGCUCCCACGUCUCCGGGCAGAGCGAAGUCAGACGACGAGCAGUUGAGGCCAACCUCGCCGCGGUCAGAGCCUCGCUGA